UGACAACGAUGAUGCUUCUGGCAGCAGCCACAACUCCACCCACCAAACCCCACCUCCCAGCCCAAACUGUGACCUCUGACUUCGCCCCCGUCGCCAUCACUGUCACCUCAUCCUCCCUCAGCAGCGACGCAGCAGCUGAGGGAGCGUCACCGUCUGUUCCUGCCGCAGUGUCAGAGGGCGGGGUUUCAAACCGUGGCCCCACUGCGGUCGUGGGUCCCGACAGGAAGUUGCUCCUCCCACUGAGCGGCGUGUUGCUUGAUGGCAGAGGAAGCACCGAUGACCGCGGCGUCGUCAGCUUCCACUGGGACGUGGUCAGCGGGCCUCUUGGAUUAAAGAUGGACGGUGUGGACCAGGCAGUAGCUACGGCAACGGGUCUUCAAGUGGGGCGCUAUACCUUCAGACUGACCGUGUCUGACCAGGAAGGGGCAACGGACAGCACCUUGCUGACUGUGCACGUGCAGGAAGCUGCAACUCGUCCACCUGUUGCUCACGCCAGCGGCAGCCACACGCUGACGCUGCCCGACAACGCCAUUGUCCUGCAAGGCUCUGUCACUGACGGCGACCAGACCAAAAUCCAGUACCAGUGGGUUAGAGACAGCCAGAGUCCAGCUGCCGGGGACGUCCUCUACGGCUCAGACACUCAGUCCACUCUAUUCCUCGCGAACCUGGUGGAGGGAACUUACCUGUUCCAGCUGAGAGUGACCGACGCCCAGGGACGAUCCAGCAUCGCCACGGCAACGGUGGAGGUCCAGCCUGAACCCGGUGGUGGCCAGGAGGUGGAGCUAGAGAUGCUGGUGCCAGUGUCUCAGGUCAGUUUGUCUCAGAGAGACACGGUCGUCCGUCAGCUUGCUGCUCUGCUGCACGUCCUCGACACAGACGUCAACGUCCGAGCUCUGCAGGGACACUCCCACCUCAGCACCGUGUUGCGGUUCUCCGUGCGCGGCUCGCCAGCGCCCCUCUCUGGCUCCACUCUGGUUCAUCAGCUGAGGAACCAGCUGCUCGGAGAGAAGAGCGACUUCCUGCUGUUCAGAGUCCUGAGGGUCGACACUGUCUUGUGUUUGCUGAGCUGCUCUGGGCGUGGUCAGUGUGAUCCCGUCACAAAGACAUGCACCUGUGACCCGUUCUGGACGGAGAAUGUGAUUCGCCGUUACCUUGGCGACGGAGAGAGCAACUGUGAGUGGAGGAUGCUGUACGUCAUCCUGACCAGUUUCCUGCUCAUGGUCUUCAUCCUGACUGUCAGCUGGACGUUCAUCUGCUGCUGCAGGAAGAAACAGACCAAGGUGAGGAAGAAAACCAAAUACACCAUCCUGGACAACAUGGACGAGCAGGAGAGGGUGGAGCUCCGGCCCAAGUUCAGUAUCAAACACCGAAGCACAGAGCACAACUCCAGCCUGAUGAUGUCAGAGUCAGAGCUGGACAGCGACCAGGACGCCAUCUUCAGCCGGGAACGACCCACCCGCAGCAAGAACCGGCUCAGCGCUCAGGCUAGUCGCAACGGAAAUGCCUUCGGAUGACGGGAUCACCGACUCAGUGACUAUGAGAGAAUCCUUCUAGGAUGUUUGCACAGUGGGAGAAAAAAAAAAAAGAUGAGGCUUCUCAAAGACUGAAGAACUUAAUUCUCCCGUUUCAGUGACAGUAAAAAUGAACCAGUGUCUGACCAGGGGUCAGGAGAGCAGACUCUGCAACUCUUUAAAUGAUGACAAAGACAUUCUAGGAAAUAAUUAUCUCCACAGCCAGAAGAACCACCGCUCAACGACUGCAGGUCAGGUACUUGCCUUCAAAUGGGUUCAUGUUUCUGUGGUGAGAUGAGUUCAUGAAAACAUUGAAAAUGUUCUUCACGUGGAAAGUUUAAAAAAAAAAGAAAACC